AUGAUUUAAUAGUUGUUGGUGUAUUGGAUGAAUUACUAUAUCGAAUAAUUGGACAAAUAGUUUCUUCAGGAUCUAGAUCUCUAGGGGAACCCUAAUCAGAACAAAAUUUAAAGAUCUUUACAAUUCAAAAUAUCAAGCAGCUUUUCUUCUAAUUAAUCUAAUUUUUAGCAAUCAUUAAUUGCAGAGUAGAAAUUAUAAUCUUUUCUUAUUAAUAAAUCUUUUAUAAAGUAUAUAUNAUUUGCUUAUCGAGUUGAAAAAAAUCUACUCUACAACUACGAAUUUGGACCAAACACUAAAGUAGGUAAUCACUAAUCUUUAGGAUAUAAGACUUUGUUUGAUCCCAUUUUUAAUGCCAACUAUCUAUAAGAAAAUAAUUAACAUUAAAUCUCCAUUAAGUUUUUAUGAACUAUUAUUAGCUUUUAUUGAUAUUUUAUCACUCAUCGACUAAAUCAAUACAACUGAAUCUCAUCAAAGAUAUUGUCUAGUUUGUACAAUAAGAGUCUUAAGAACUAUGAUGAUGCUUUUUGAAUUAGUGUAAGAAAUUACAAAAAUUGUCAUUUUUCAUUAUGAGUAAAUUUUACAAAACAGAUUAUUACAAAUGCAAUCAAAGAAGUAAGCCUUGUUAAAUAAUAUAAAUCAAUAAUAAUAACCAUUAUCAAUCUAAUAACAAUAAAUUCUUGAUUAAAAUUCUGAUUCAGAUGAACAAUCUAAAUUAAUUAACUUAUGA